GGAAUAGAUUGCAUCGAGUCGCCCUCGCCCUUUCUUUUUAAAAAAUGGCGAGUCGCGGAGGACCAUCUAGACGCGUUCCUGAAAGUGAUGCCGCAAUCACCUACGUUCAAUGCGAUGGCCUGGCGGUAAUGAAAAUAGUGAAACAUUGCCACGAGGAAUCAUGCAGCAACAUGGAGGUAGCCCAGGGGGCUCUGCUGGGUCUGGUGGUGGAAAAUCGCCUUGAGAUCACCAACUGCUUCCCAUUCCCCAAGCAUGAUGAAGCCAUGGAUGAGGAAGAGUACCAACUGGACAUGAUGCGUAGACUUCGGAGAGUCAAUGUGGAUCACUUCCAUGUGGGAUGGUAUCAGAGUGCAGAUGUGGGCAACUUUCUGAGCCAGUCUCUGCUGGAGUCACAGUACCACUACCAGACGUCUAUUGAAGAGAGUGUGGUGGUCAUCUAUGAUACCAAGAAGUCUGCCAGGGGAUUCCUUACACUGAAGGCUUAUCGCUUGACUCCUCAGGCCAUAGCGAUGUACAAGGAGAAUGACUACACACCAGAAGCGCUCCGUAACCUCAAGAUUGGGUAUGAGAGUCUGUUUGUGGAGGUGCCCAUAGUGAUCCGCAACUCGCCGCUCACUAAUAUUAUGAUGUCAGAGCUAUCUGAGAUGAUUCCAGAGGAGGAAGGGUCCAAGUUCCUUGAUCUUGGUACCGCUUCUGUUCUUGAAGGUCAACUCAGAAGCCUAAUGGAGCGUGUUGAUGAACUGAACCAAGAAGCCAUCAAGUUCAACCGCUACCAACAAUUGGUGGUCCGUCAGCAACAAGACAAGCACAGAUGGUUGCUCAAGAGAGCACAAGAGAACGCAGCCAGGGCGGCCAAGGACGAGGCACCUCUGCCCGAGGAAGAUGUCAAUAAGCUCUUUAAACCUCACCCCGUACCGCCCAGGCUUAACCCCAUGAUUGUGGCCGGUCAGAUCAACACUUACAGCCAGCAUAUAAGCCAGUUCUGCUCGCAAAGUCUGGCUAAGUUAUAUCUGACCCAAGCAUUACAGAAUGCUAAGGAAGGGAAACAAAACAAUUAGGUAUUCCACUUAAAGUGACCGUAGACCAAGCCUAUUCACUAUUUUGGUUUUUAUUAACAACCUAUUGAAGUGGACAACAAAGUGUCAUCUACAUACUAUAUGAUGUCCACCGUAAGCACCGGAUGACAUUUUUAAUUUGUAUCUUAGUAUGGGUAUGACAUUUUGUCAAUUGAUUUGUUUUUUCAUUUUGAUGGGUUGAUUAAAGACCAAAAUAGGAAAUAGGCCAGCAGUUGAAUAUGCUCAAUCAUGUCAAACUAACAACUCUUAUAUUACCAACUUAAUCGAAAGCAAUAU